AUGGCUCCAUAUGAGACUCUGUAUGGGAAAAAGUGCCAAUUUCUGCUAUGUUGGUAUGAAGCUGGGGAGAAAAGCUUGUUAGGGCCUGAAAUGAUAGCUAAAACCACUGAACAGGGCAAGAAAAUUCGAAAUAGGAUGCUCAUUGCUCAGAGUCGACAGAAGAGUUAUGCCGAUCAGAGGUGGAAAUCCUUGGAGUUUGAGGAAGGAGAUAAUGUUUUUCUUAAGCUUUGGAAGUACACUACUGAUGCUAGCCAUGUGUUAGAACCUGAAUCCAUUAAGUUAAAAGAGGAUUUGACACUCCAAGUGACUCCCGUCAGAAUUGACGACACCAGUAUUAAAUGGUUGCGCAAAAAGGAAGUUUCGUUAGUCAAAGUUGCAUGGAGUCGGGCCGGUAUUGAGGAGCACAGUUGGGAACUUGAAUCGGAAAUGCGGACAGACUAUCCACACCUAUUCUCAGUUGUGUUUGUAACAAGUGAUUUUGGUGGCGGUUGGGAGGUUCAGAGGAGUCGGAAAGGGGAGUAUUAG